ACAUCAACAGUGCAAAGACUUUACUGGAGCAAAAUGUAUGCCACCAACACGGAGAAGCGCAGGGUGAAGGCUAUCAACAAGCACUAUCGCAAGCUCUCUGUCCGUAAAGACUUCGGAAUGCAUGGUAGCUUUUCAGGCCAUAUUACGGAUUGCUGGGUGGCGCAUUCCGGGCAGGAAUAUGCGCAUGUGCUGUACGUGGACGGGGAUGAGGAGGACAUUCCCUUACAGGAGGUGAGAAUUUUUUUAAUGGCACCGUUGCCCCCCACGCCACCGACCUCCCCACGGUCUUCAUCGGCCCCGAGCAGCGAAAGCAGUGGAAGGGAGGAGAAGGAAUGCGAAGCACUUAAGGAACUAGCCAUCGGAGCACGCUCCUCUAUCACCUUGUGUCGUGUGGGGUAUGGUAGAACAGAAGGGAUAGAAGCGGAAACAAUCACCACGACAGCUUCCUCCGCCCCUGCAUCUUGUGCGAUCCCUCCUUCUGGGGAAAUGUUCUGUCAAGAGAAUGCCAGCCCGGAUGUUGACGAGGCAAAGGAAGCAUCGACUGAGCUUUUGGAGGAAGACGGAGCGUGUGAAGCAGAGGGGGGAAUCGAGAAGAGGAAGGAUCACGAAAUGAAAGAGGCAGGCAAGGAAAAGGAACAGGCGCUAUGCGACAGGGAACGGGAGAAGGCAUGCCAGUCGCCUGUCCGGCGGCAUCAGAGCGAAGGUGAUAAGGAGAACAGGGGGACGUUACAGGGUGAUGGAGGAGGGGGCAACUCCCAGCAUUCCCAGAUCCUUCCGGCGCAGCCCCAAAAAUCAGCAGAAAUGACAGUGGCAACAGGAUCAACGUCGAUGGUGGCACUUCUUGAAGGGGCUGUAAUAGCAGAAGUGACCACUUUAGGAGGAAACGCUGCAGCAUCAGCGACAGAAACAGCCACAGAUGAGCCUUCAUCCCAUCCCUUUACGGCAUCCUCUGUUUCUUCCCUUGCGCCCUCUCUACCUGCCUGCGCCUCUAAAGAUCAUGGAGGCGACUGCUCGACGGGCAAACACGGUCAUCACACUGACAGCACAAGGACUUCGACAGCCAAUGCGCUCCAUCCACGUCCAUUCAAUUUCUCUGAUCCCCUCCCUCGCAGUCCUCCGUCCGCGCUGCCGUCAUCCACAGCUUCUGUACCACUCCCAGCAAAUGAAAUGGUAGGGACAGGGAAUUCCAUCGGUGCCGCUCGACCGGGAAAGGAGCUUACAGAUUACAAGCCUCUUGUCGGCCGCUUCGUGCAGAAAGCCGUGGAGGGGGGAGGGAAGGUCACGGGUAAGCAUCGCAAGACCGGUGAAUAGGUAUGGUGGUGGAGGUGAGGGCAAAGGGAUCCAAGGAAUCGCGGCGAGUGUGGGCACGUGUCACGUACACUGACAAGACGGAACAGGACCUUGAUGU